GAAAGAUGAAGGCUGAGCGGAAGUCCGCGCCUGCGUCUAGAAUUCUUCUUCUACAGUACCGCAAUUUGUGUUCCCGAUUGGUUCAUCCACUUUGGCACUUUCCCAAAAAGUAGAUCUCCCGAAAACAAGCCAAGCAAAACUACUUCCACACGCAUCGAUCCAUACUUUGCGAGUACUAGAAGCCAAACAUGCAUCACCACAAAUCCGAAAACGAUGUUUCCUGCAGCACCGAGGCUUUUUUAUCAUCGCCAUCCCGGUUUCUUCCUAGUACCGUGUCUGCUCUUUUCUGGCGCCAAUUUCGGAUCUUCUUCAGCAGUCCACGACGAGCAUUUUCCCGGCCAGGGAAGAAGUCAAUCCUACCAGAGACCGCAGCUCAUAGGCCUCAGAAACCGCAGUAGAAGUCCCAGGGCCUCGAGUCGACUGGUGUCUCCGGUUGUGGAAGAAACAGAUGCAGGACCACCAACAAGUGCCGGCGAAAUACCAACAAGCGAACAUGCACAAGAACAACAUCAAAACGACGUUCCUGCUCCCCCCUCCAGCGCCAUCCCUACCGCCCCACGACCCUCUAGCAGCACCUCCUCGCCCCGGCGUUUUCUCCGGCGGCUGCGGUUCCGGAAUUUCCGCGAUCGCCUGCUGCAACUGGCUAGACCCCUCGGCGAGGACUGCGUGCAGGUGGCGGACCCAACCUGCAUGAUCUGUUUGGACGACCUUGCACCAGGUAGUUUUGUAAACAACUGCGACAACCGCCCGGUCGCGCACUGCUACCACCGCAAGUGCUGGGAAACCUUCCUCGGGUCACGGUCGCCCGUGCUGGACCGCGCGCGCUGUCCGGUCUGCCGGGAAUGGUCGGGAGAGGAUGAAUACAACUUUUUCGAGCUCCGCCGCAGUGGCGUCUUUCUCCCUAGAGGGUAUUGGGACAGCGAAAAUGGCAGCAUUGUGUCAACCUCCGAACCGUUCGACCUGCUUGUACGGUUUUGCUCUCGCCUGUACUCUGGCGGCACGCCGGCGGAGAUAGCGGCGCGCCGGUUCGAGAGGCAGGUCGCCGAGGAGGUGGAGUAUUUGGAAGGUCGACCCUGGAUGGCGAUGUGGAGCAGCCCCUGCGCGCGCCGCCACUACUCGACGGGAGCGGGGCGGGCAGGGGGCGGGAAUGGUGUUGAUACUGCUAACGGUCAGCCAUUUCACAACUACGUCGGGGCGACGCCGACGGUGCGCAGAAGCAUGCUUGGCGGCGUUGUUGGAGAAGACUCUGGUCAACAGUCUAGCGGUGGCUCAUCCUCACGGUUCCUGCGCACGAGAUUCAUGCGAGGUGUGCAAGCACUGUGCUGUCGUAGGCGACGACAUCUCCUUGCACGAAGAAGAGGUGCGAGCAGACACGAAGGAAAUCAAGAUGAAUCCGAUCAGGACCACGUAGAUCUUCGUGACCGAAGAUGCAACUACAGCCGUUUGCAAAAGCUCGCACAGAAAGGCGCUUUUCUCAUUAUCGGGGCGGGGCUCGUGUCGAACGCGGUUACAGCGACCGCACGGGAGACGGAGGAUCACCUGCAAGGGCUACCUGGGAAGACACCUCUAACCCGACCGCAGCAGUGCGGCGUGUUGCUGUACCACCUGGCGCGGGGCCUGGCCGCCUCGGGCACGGGCAUUUUUGUGGCGGACUUGGUACGUAAAUGCAGACCUUCAACAUAUUACUCCUGCCCCCCGUUCAGAACAACUACAAGGGCUGCUAGAACUACUUCUGGCCCAGUUUUCAUGUUAUUCACCACCAGCACUUCUCACCAGGGCACUGGAACGAGAAACUUGCUUUACGAAGAGCCGUGA